GGGAUAAACCCUGAAACUGCAGUGUCUUUUUUUUUUUUUGACAGAGAAACUGCAGUGUCUAAUUCUUAUAACACUUGAAAAUACAAGAACUGAAGUCGUGACGUAUAAAAACGUUGUCUUUGAGACAGAUGCUUGAUCUCACGCCAAUGGCAUCAGGGGACUCAAAAUUGCCAAUUCAAACUCAAAGAUUACAAAUUUACUCCAAACCAAAUUCUGGGGUCUCACCCUUUUGGAGAGAAAAGUAUGAAAGAGAAGCUAAGAGAUAUUGGGAUGUCUUCUAUAAGCACCACAAAGACAAAUUUUUCAAGGACAGGCAUUACUUGGAUAAGGAAUGGGGAGAUUACUUUUCAGGAGGAGGAAAGAAAGUGAUUUUGGAGGUUGGUUGUGGAGCUGGAAAUACCAUAUUUCCUGUGAUAGCGUCAUAUCCAGAUGCUUUUGUUUACGCAUGUGAUUUCUCACCACGAGCUAUUGAGUUGGUUAAGAUGCACGAAGACUUUAAGGAGUCAAAUGUACAUGCUUUUGUCUCUGAUUUGACAGCUGAUGAUCUAUGCAAAGAGAUCGCUCCAUCUUCUGUUGAUAUUGUUACAAUGAUAUUUAUGUUAUCUGCAGUGUCCCCAGAAAAGAUGCCUCUAGUUUUGCAGAAUAUUAGAAAAGUUAUUAAACCAAAUGGAUAUGUGCUGCUCCGAGACUAUGCUACCGGAGACCUUGCUCAGGAGAGAUUCUCUGGCAAGGAUCAAAAGAUAAGCGAUAACUUUUAUGUUAGAGGUGAUGGCACUCGUGCUUACUAUUUCUCAAAUGAGUUCUUGACAAAUUUAUUCAAAGAAAAUGGUUUCGAUGUUCACAAACUUGAUGUAUGCUGCAAAGAAGUGGAGAACCGCUCAAAGGAGUUAAUAAUGAAAAGGCGUUGGGUCCAAGCUGUAUUUUGUGUUUCAGAUGGUUCCUAUUCUUCUUCCAGUAAAGAAGUUGAGGCCAAUCAUCUUGAUAGUGAUAAUAAUAUUGGUCCAGCAACUGAUCAAAAUAAUUGUGAUAGUUUAACUGACUCUGUAAUUGACAUGUCUGAGGGAGUCGCGGCGGACAUGUUUGGUGUCUUGCCUUCCGAUGAGUAUGAGAUUAUGGAGAUCAGCCUUAGAGGCUGGAGUUUCAAGAUUAACUUACUCUCAAAAGAGUACCAACAUACCUGCAAAUCAACCGGUUUGAUGUUGUGGGAAUCGGCCCGGUUAAUGGCCUCCGUUCUUGCAGAAAAUCCUAAUAUUGUUGCAGGAAAAAGGGUCUUAGAGUUAGGGUGUGGAAGUGGUGGAAUCUGCUCUAUGAUCGCUUCUAGACACGCCGAUCAAGUAGUUGCUACAGAUGGAGAUGAUUCUUCACUUGACCUAUUAGCUAAAAAUGUUGCAUCUAAUAUUGAAUCAUCAUUGUUGAAUAAACUAACUACAAAGAAACUUGAGUGGGGAAACAAAGAUCACAUAGAAAGCAUAAAGGAGUUAAGUGAUAGAGGGUUCGAUGUCAUCAUCGGCACAGACGUUACAUACGUUGCAGAAGCUAUAUUGCCUUUAUUUGCUACUGCAAAAGAACUUAUUGCUUCAAGUGCAAGUAAUAAAAAUGAGAAUGUUCCUGCACUUAUUCUUUGCCAUAUCUUUCGUCGUGUUGACGAACCGACGUUACUUUCAGCUGCAGCACAAUUCGGGUUUAGACUAGUAGACAAAUGGCCUACUAGAAUUUCGACCGAAAUGUCUCAAAGUGUUAUUGAUAAUUGGUUUAUGGACAAUGAUGUAAAGGAUGAUCUUCCUAGUAAAGCAUUAAACAUCUUGCUCUUUUGCCAGGAGUGAAAUCAAGUGUAAUAUUCUAGCUUGAUCACAAGGUGUUUUCUUGAUUCUUCUUACAAUACAAAAUGAGAAGUAGAAUGAUUUUUCCAUGUUGAUUCAUUGAAGUACUUUACAUUUCAUUCAAGCUCAUUUUCUUGAAGUUAUUUUGUAGCAUCCUUUGAUGGUGUUACAUGUUAUUGAAUUAUGAUUGUCUAUUGCUGGAAUGAAAUUGAGGCUGUAUUUUUGUUAAA